CAGAUGUUCACGAAUGAACAGGUAUGGCAUCCUGCUUUGGUAUAUAUAGCGUUUAUUUACAUCUUUUUUUGCGGUUUAUGGGUCGUCACUUUCGUGCAUUUUUGAGUAUGAAAGAGAAUCCGGGGAUCUGGACAUUUUGCAAGUUAUUUAAACUUAUUAUUGACUCAACUGGAUAGCAUCCACACACAAUCACACAUACACACGUAAUACAAUACAAUCCAUAUAUAGUCUA